AUGAGUGUUGAAAAUCCUGAGCAGAUCAACAAGUUUCUCGAACUCCGUGAAUAUCACGCGAAGAUUUAUCUGCAGAAGUACAAGCAUUGGCUGAAGUGGAAUCCAAAGGGAAAGGACACUGUUCUGGACAUUGGCUGCGCGACUGGAAGACUCAGUCAUGAACUGAUCUAUCCAAUUGUGCCGAAAGACUACUCCAAAUAUCUCUGCACAGUCAAAUCCCCAGCACUGCUGGAUGAGGUGAAGAAGGCCUUCGUUGACGAUCCAAAAGUGUCCUUCGAAGUCUUCGAUUUGAAUGCAGAGUCAAAGUCCAAAUUGGGAGUGUUUGAUCACAUCUUCUCCCUCUUCAGCUUUGGCUGGUUGGCAGAUCAGCGAAAGUGUUUCCAGGGUGUUUAUGAGCUGUUAUCACCUGGCGGAGAUUGCUUUCUGAUAUUCGCCGCCGGCAGUCUCUACAUGGAUGUCCUCACGGAGCUGAACGGCAAGGCCAGGUGGAAGAAAUUUGUGCCAAAUCCAGACGAAAUGUACCCUUUUCCAUACAGAAAGGACCCCGAUCCCGUGAAAAGUGUCACAGAAAUGAUGGAAUCAAUUGGAUUUGUCAAUAUUAAUGUUAAAUUGGAGAAAUCCCUCUACGUUUUUGCCACCACGGAUGAAUUUCUCGGGUUUUUCAAGGGACUGCCUAAUCCUCUGCAGCACAUGACGACAAUAGAGCAGGAAGAUUACCUGAAACAAGCCGCAGAUAUUGCAAUUGGGCACAAUUUAAUCGGAGAAAUGAGUGACAGAAAGCCUAACGACACAGUUUCCGAAGUAUUCGUUAUCUAUGGGAGAAAGAAUGGAAAUUAA